AUGGGUAGGAAACUCGGCUUCACUUCCUUCUUCUCUAGAACGAGGCACGCCACCUCCCCUUAUUCUUCAACAGCGCGGCCUUGGCCUUCUUGCGCGCAGCCAAAGCCAAAGACACUCUCCUUCAUGUUGGAGAAUGAUUUCGACGAACCCUUCUUCGACCUCGUCGAGUUGUCGUCGUCGUCGUCAUGCCUAAGCGAGGCCGUGGCUCGCGGGGUGAGGUCGGAGAGGCUCUUCUUCGAGCCAUGGACGGCGGCGACGAUGCUCCCGGCGGCGUUCGAAGGGGACGUCGCGGUGGAGGUGGACUCGGAUGAUCCGUACAGAGAUUUUAAGCAGUCGAUGGAGGAGAUGCUGAUGGCGCACGGAGUGAGAGAUUGGGCCUGGCUGGAGGAGAUGCUGCGGUGGUACCUGGCGGCUAAUGAAAAGAGCACCCAUGGAAUUGUCGUAGCAGCAUUUGUGGAAAUACUUUUGGACCUUAUUGCUUUGCCUUCUUCGUCGCCUUCUUCUUCGAGAUCUUUUGCACUUGACAUUGAAGAAGAGGGACGUGCAAAUUGA